UUUAUUGAGAUUUAAAGAUACCAAUAUUCUUAUAAAAUCGAUUUUUGUCUUCAGCUUCCUGAUUCUCCAAUCGUUUAUUAAAUUCUUUUAUUUAUUUCUGAUCACUUUUGUGAAUAAAAGAGUCUGUAGGGUGAAAAAGCUAUCAAUUUCUCUUCUUUCAGUCCCUCUCAAUAUCUCUUUCUUUUGUUGCUAAUUUUAAUUUUAUUCUUCUAUUUAUAUUGGUACUUCUUUUGAUGCGAUCUUCCCAUGUGGAUUUACUAAUGAUUUACUGGUAAUCAUUUAGAUUUUUUAGUAUUUCUUUUAUUUCUUUUGCAACAUAUGGGAGAAUCCGAACGAGUUAUAAAGAAAACUGCCCGAGAACCAUAUCAUGAACGUCAAAGUUUGUGGUUCUGUGGCCAGCAUACACUAAAUAAUCUACUCCAAGGUGAUGUUUUCACAAGGGAACAACUUGAAAAUAUCGCUCUAAAGUUGGCCAAACAAGGAGGUCUGACAUGGCGCUCUUAUAUUUUUAAUCCACACAAAAGUAUUUUCGGAGCGGGUAAUUAUGAUAUUAAUGUUUUGGAGAAAGCUUUAAUGAAUGAAAAUUUAGAAGUACAAUGGUUCGAUGUUAGAAAAGAUAUUCGAUCCGUUAUUCAAUUCACCGAUGAAACGCUUUUUGGACUUAUUCUGAAUGUUCCAACUUUACGUUUUUACCUUUGGACAUCUUAUCAUUGGAUUGCCAUUAAACCCUUUUUUAUUGAUAACAAGCUUACUGGAGUUUACAAUUUGGAUUCGAAACUAAGCAGGGCCGAAAAAUUUGAGAACGUGGAAGAGGUUUAUAAGUUCCUUGAAUCUGUCGUAUAUCAAAAUGGGAAUAUUCUACUUGUAAAAAAGAUGGGGAAGAUAUUAAAUAAUGGCUUUUAGUCUGUUAAAUAUUAAGGAAGUCGUAGUUUUUGCAUAGAUUGAUCAGAUUAAUUACAUUAUUACGUGACUUAUGUGACACGGUCAAUUUUCCAGCGCAACUCGCAGUCUAUAUGAAAGUUGUAAUCGAAUAUGCAAUAAACAAAUGCGCAGUAACGUUAGACAUCAUGUAUUCUGGUUGCAUAUAAUUUAUAUUUAAAGCUUUUUACGUAUAAUAAAAAAGCGGAUCUGUUGAUCAGAUUUUUGCGAUGCGAUCAUAUUAACGUAAUUUUCCCAAAGUGUAUUACAAGAUCGAUUCUGGGA